GAAUGCACCAUAAUGCGCGUGGCCAUGAAAUGUGUAGAUGCGCGUGACCGCAGAGCAGACUGAACUGACGCCGGAACCCGACUCCAAGGAACAGUUUCUAAAGAACUUACCUUUUAGAACUGUCACGUAAAAAACAUUGAAGGUUCUUCGGAGAAAGAAUCCACUACCAAUAAAGAUGAGCGGUGUUCCAAAGACAGUCAACCUUGAAGAUGUGAAGAAAGAGCUGAAAGCAUUGAAGGCUAAAGUCGAGAAAGCUGAUGAUAACAAAGCCAGAAUGCUUCUGGAAAAACUGGAGGAAGGUGAGGCCAAGGCAAAUGCACAGCAGGAGAUGAUGGCUUAUGUCAAAAAGCAGGAACUUUGCCAGAAAGAAUUCAGUCAACAACUGGACAUAGUGCAGGACGAAAUCCAGAGGCUUUCUAAACACAAACAAGAUAUACAGGAUAAAUUGAGUAGAUGUAAAGCUGAACUGGAGGCUAAAAGAGCUGAGACUUCAAAACUGACACAAAAAUUCAAGAUCUAUGCCCAGAUCCCAAACACAGACGUGAAGUUUCUUACUUGUAUCAAAGAGGAGAAGGAGGAGAGAGAUGAUAGCUGUCAGUCAAUCAGAGGAGUUUUUACCAUCAGUCAGAGAACUGCAGUGCUUCUACAAGGAGGACAGGCACUCAUCACCUUUGAGGAAGAGAAAGUGGCUCAUCAAAUCCUGAAGCGUUCCAGUUGUCGUGUGUCCUGUGAGAACAUCAGAUUGGAUGUGAAACCUAAAGAAAUCACCUUGGAAACAGCUGUGAAAUUUGAGGUCCAUGUGGAUGUUUCCAGGAAAGAGCUCAAAGUAUUCGAUAUCCCCCCUUCCAUGCCAGAGGACAGGAUAAAGGACCGUCUGGAAAUGAGUUUUUCUAGACCAACCAGGGGAGGAGGAGAAGUAGCAAGUGUGGAUUACAGUAGCAACACAGGAACAGGGUCCAUCACAUUUUUGAAACCUGGAGUUGCCUGGAGGUUGGCCAUGAAAGGAUGGUACAAAAUAAAUCUGGAAUCUGAAGUUAACAUUAGGGUUGGACCAGCAUAUGAGUUCAAGUUGAAAAAGUUUCAGACAUCUUGUGGCUCAUCAAUGCGAACCAUUCUUCUGGAAGGCAUUGAUGAUGUGGAGGAUGAGGAGGACAUGCAGGACCACCUUGAAAUUCAUUUUCAGAAGCCCAACAACAGUGGUGGGGAAAUUGAGAGCAUAAAGUACAUUUCUAAGGGAAAAGCUCUACAGGCAUUUUUCAGUGAGGACACAGUGGACACAACCAACUAAAGUUAACUAGAAGUCACCGUAUAUAGCAAGCGUGUUUGCAGGAAGAAAGUAGGAGCUUGACUUGAUGCCUUUUUCAGUGUCUGGCACAGAAAAUCAUUUUUGUUCUCAGACUGGGAAUGAUUCUUUGGUUGUGGUGAUGUUUCAUUUAUUUGUAUGGGAGGGUGAGUUUAUGUUUGCUUGUUUUACUUACAUUAAAUUACUAUCAUAUUGACUCAGUCUGUAGAUAUGAACAUAGUCUCCACUUAGAAGCUAAUCUUGCAUCAUGAUUGUAUAUCACAAAUUGACCUUAUUGUAAAUCAUUUCAUGAGCUGGACAUAUUGAUAGAUUGUUUUUGGAGGGUCAAAAAACACCUCAGCAGUUCUUAAAUCACUGUAAUAAAAAAUAAAAACCAGAUCAUGUAAGAUGCAGAUGCUGUGCUACAUUAAGUCUUUACUGGGGAGUGUAUUCUCUGAACUGUUGAAUCUAAGUGCUGUAUCACUACAGGUUAUUUUAAAACACAAUUACAAAAUUACAAUAUUUGUAAUUUUAUAUAUUUUAGAUGAUCUGGGUCUGCCAUAGAUGAUCAACUUUAAAAUCAUGUUAUUCCAUCUGUGACAUAUUUUGCAUACUGCAUAAAGGAUUUUUCAGGAAUUUUCUGGGCCAUCACUAAGGUUUAAGCUUGUGCUUGUGGCAAUCUCUUGUCCUGUGUUAAUGAUGCUUAAUAAAAUAUAGAGAUCAUAUCA